CCAGGGUCUACGGCACCUGUAGGAUGUGCUGUACUAAUCGGAAUAUCAGAUUGAAGUCUGGAGAAUAGAGGUGUGGUGUACAGCAGAUCACUGUCAGACAGUGCCUAAAGACAAAUACUUCCGUUACGAUUCAUACAUAUAAAAUGAAACAAUUUGUCCACGAUUUGGUACAUACAAAAGUACCCAGGAGAAAACGAAUGUAUCGAAGAUACUUUCCAUUGCCACAGACCAACACCGACAAUGUCGAGCAAAUUCCCAUAUGCUCUCCUUUUGGGGUACUUGAUGCUAGCACUAGUCUCAGCACAAAAUGCAACUUGCGAUCGGUCUUGUUUGGAAGGUCUAAUAUCGAACUACUUGACUGCCUUGACUACACAUAACUCCUCUCUUCUAACAACAACACCAAAUGUCAAAUACGUGGAAAAUGAUCAAAUAGUGCCAUUUGGGGCAGGAGAAUGGCACGUUUCCACAACACUUGGCAAAUACCGCCACAUAUUCUCUGAUCCCAAUGCGGGGCAGGUCGCAGCCAUUACAACAAUAGUUGAGAAUGGUGUGGGUGCCAUUUACGUCGUGCGCCUGAAGGUUGAAAAGAACCAAACAAUCAGUGAAAUCGAGACUGCGAUUACGCGCGAUCCAGGAGGCGCCGCCCGUUACGAAAAUAUGACCAAGCCAGAAGCUGUUUGGCUGCAAGCAGUACCACAAGCUCAGCGUGUUUCCCGUGCCACGCUCAUCGCUCGAGGCAAUAUGUACUACUCGGGCAUGGAGCGAAAUGAUCCCAAAGGCAACUACUCGUUCUUCUCUAAGGAUUGUCUUCGGAUCGAAGAUGGUCUUCAGACUACGGAAGUGAAGACCGGUGAUGCCUACGGCCAUUCUAACGACACCGUGUUUGCAUCUCUGAGCUGCGAAGAGCAAUUCCAAAGCGGAUUCCUUGGAUUCGUGACUGCGGUGCGUGAGCGACACUUUUCUGUUGUGGACGAGGAACGCCAAGCUGUCUUCGUCGUCAGCACGAUUGAUCAAAACGGAACGGUUCGAUGGCUGCCGGAUGUGAAUGGCACGUCUUCGCCCAUCCCUGCGUAUUUUGAUGUACCCCGUGGAGAACAGGGCAUGGAGGCUUUUCAAGUACGGGACGAUAAACUGUUCCGUAUCGAGAUGACCAUGAUUGAAGUCCCUUAUGGCAUGCGUGCCGCUUUCCAUAUAGGUUCUCCAGUUGAUCUGCGAGGAUCCGGUACCAACAAGACCAUAGCAAGUCCAUGCGAUGAUUCUUGUCUCAAGAAUGUAUUGAAGCAAGUCCUCCAAGCAAUGCAAAACCACGAUGCAUCUGCUCUCCCUCUCGCUCAAGGUGUACGUUAUUCAGAGAAUGGACAGUUCCUGAGCCUCAGUGACGGUCUAUGGGGGACUCUUGGUCAUUUUGAUGCCCCAGGUCAAGAUGACUACGGUGCAAGUUUUGUAGAUUCGGCAAAGGGAGUAGUUGGAUACUGGGGUGCUACCAAAGAGCAGAGCACUCCAGGAGUUCUUGUACUCCGAGUACAGGUCGAGGGAGGGAAGAUCACGGAGAUUGAGGCCAUUGAUGUGCGUGCAGAGUCGUCUGGUGCGAGAUUUGGUACCUUGACCCUCAUGCGUCCACCGCUUCCGAUCGAAUGGGAGAGCACUCCUCUUGGUCGUCUAGAUUCCGCAUUCAAGCAGAACAGCAACACGUCAACGGGCAUUCCUUCGGUAUUGGUAUCUGCGUACUUCGAUGGCCUUGAACGGCAUUCGAGCGCUGGAGUGUCGUUCACAACAGGUUGCGUCCGUCGAGAUAUGACUGUUCAAGGAAAUCUCAGCUGCGCUGCACAGAUGGAUGGGCGUGGAGCAGCUCCAAAUGGGCUGUUCAAUGGUACGAUCAGUGUUCGAGAUCGACGAAUUCUUGUCGCUGAUGCAAAAGCCGGAGUCGCGUUGGCAGUUGUGUUGAUUGAUUACCCCGCAGCAAGUCCUCCUCCAUUGCCUGCGACCCAGCUCGUACCCAGCACUUAUAUGGUGCCACAACUGAUCAAAAUUGACAAUGGAUCAAUCUCUCGUGUUGAAAGCAUGAUAAAAUGGAUGCCGUUUGGAUAUGUUUCCUCGUGGGCGGAAGAAAAGGUUUCUUGAUACAGUAAUUAGAAUUGGAAAAAGGUAUCGAGUGGUUAAUUGGUAUUCGGGUCUAGAAUGUCACGGGAAAGACAUUGUAGUCAUCGGGGACGAUGAUUCGAGACUCUUUGAAGGAAAAUAUGACUGGUUUUCGUAGUGAUGGCCAGUCUUUUGAUUUAUCCUGAUAGGAUUAUGUUCCUAGUCUUCUCUAACUUCAAAAUCGUGUUAAGCUGCGACUUCUGCCACUUGUACCACGGCUAUACGUCUUC